CACUGUCUCUAACUGCUGAGUCCCAUUACUAUGGCAGUGACAGCUGGGGCAGCAACCACCUUUCCUAUGAGCAACCAUACCAGGGAAAGAGUGACUGUGGCCAAGCUCACACUGGAGAAUUUUUACAGCAACCUAAUUUUACAGCACGAAGAGAGAGAAACCAGGCAGAAGAAACUAGAAGUGGCCAUGGAGGAAGAAGGCUUGGCAGAUGAGGAGAAAAAGUUACGCCGAUCACAGCAUGCUCGCAAAGAAACAGAGUUCUUACGGCUCAAGAGGACCAGACUUGGCCUGGAUGACUUUGAGUCUCUGAAGGUUAUAGGGAGAGGAGCUUUCGGGGAGGUGCGGCUGGUCCAGAAGAAAGACACGGGGCACAUCUAUGCCAUGAAGAUCCUGAGGAAAUCAGACAUGCUUGAGAAAGAGCAGGUGGCUCAUAUCCGAGCAGAAAGAGACAUUUUGGUGGAAGCAGACGGUGCCUGGGUGGUGAAGAUGUUCUACAGUUUUCAGGACAAGCGGAAUCUCUAUCUGAUCAUGGAAUUUCUUCCUGGAGGUGACAUGAUGACGCUGCUGAUGAAGAAGGACACCCUGACAGAAGAGGAGACGCAGUUCUACAUCUCAGAGACUGUCUUGGCGAUUGACGCAAUCCACCAGCUGGGCUUCAUCCACCGGGACAUCAAGCCAGACAACCUUUUACUGGACGCCAAGGGACAUGUAAAAUUAUCUGAUUUUGGUUUGUGCACGGGGUUAAAGAAAGCGCACAGGACUGAAUUCUAUAGAAACCUCACACACAACCCACCAAGCGACUUCUCGUUUCAGAACAUGAACUCGAAGCGAAAAGCGGAGACGUGGAAGAAGAACAGGAGGCAGCUGGCAUAUUCCACAGUCGGAACACCAGACUACAUUGCUCCAGAAGUCUUCAUGCAGACUGGCUACAACAAACUGUGUGACUGGUGGUCCUUGGGAGUGAUCAUGUAUGAAAUGCUAAUAGGCUUCCCACCUUUCUGCUCUGAGACACCUCAGGAGACAUAUAGGAAAGUUAUGAGCUGGAAGGAAACACUGGCAUUCCCUCCAGAAGUGCCUGUCUCUGAGAAAGCCAAGGACUUGAUUCUCAGGUUUUGUACCGACUCUGAAAACAGAAUUGGGAACGGUGGUGUAGAAGAGAUCAAAGCCCACCCCUUCUUUGAGGGUGUAGACUGGGGCCACAUCAGGGAAAGGCCGGCAGCCAUUCCUAUCGAAAUCAAGAGCAUUGACGACACCUCCAACUUUGAUGACUUCCCUGAGUCUGACAUCUUACAGCCGGUGCCGAAUACCACAGAGCCCGACUACAAAUCCAAAGACUGGGUUUUCCUCAAUUACACCUAUAAAAGGUUUGAAGGGCUGACGCAGCGCGGCUCCAUCCCCACAUACAUGAAAGCUGGGAAAUUAUGAGUGAUGUUCACAGUCACCCACAGCCAAGAACUCAGGUAGCUGCAUCUCCAGGCUGGAUGGCAUCAGCACCAGACAUUCCGAGGACGCUGGCGCUCACCAGCCUGAGAAACUUCCACAGGGUCGGAUUCUGAGACUACUACAGGAAUCGCUCGGCUUUUCUUUCUUCUUUUUUUUUUUUUUUCCAAAUAUUUUGUUGUUUGUAUUAACUUUAUUAUACAAAGGUACUGGAACAAAAGGAACCGACAUUUCCUCCUAACUGCACUGCCCACGUGCAUGUUGAGGUCCAUUCUGCCCAUGGGCUGCGCUUCCAACUGCAACACUAAUCCAGCCAGAACUGCACAGCACUGACGGCAGCCUGCACAGCGUGGCAGCCUGAGGUCACUCACCCUUGGUGUACCUGCUUCACUGCAAAGCGUGUGGGUCUUGAAUCAGUAAAAAAAAAAAGCCAUCUGUAGCUGCUGUUAGAACACUCGCCCUGUUGGUUUGGACAUUGUAGGCUCCGAGUGAAGACAGUUUCUGUGGCGGUCCUAAGGAACUUAGGGAAAAGAAUACCGACUUCAACAUUAGAAUUCCCUGCCAGGUGCUCACACAGCCCCUGGGAGAGCAGCGGUGAGCUUCGGUCAGGGUGAGGACGUAUGUCUCACCUCACUCCAGCAUCUACCAAGGCUGACUUCGCUGAGAAGUAGUGACGACUGUUUUACACACACAGGGACACACUGCUGUGAUUGAGCAAGUGCCAGUUACUUUUAUUGUAACACAAGGACUUCUUUUAUAACAAGAGGAUGGCAUUAUUUUAACUGGGUGAUGGUGAGUUGAGUUUCAGAAAUGGCCAUGAAAGCUGCUUGUAGAACCUAGUGUAUUUUUAUUAAACUAUUUUUUUAAAUGUUAAACUUCCGAUCAUGUCAAUGAACACAUAGAGAACAAGCGUGUGAGUAGUCACUUUGGCUCUCUGCAAAGUUGGUACAUGUCCUUGCUGUGCUGGUAGGUAACCUUUGUGCCAUUGUUUUCCAGUGAACCAAAGCUCCUGAGCAGUGGCUGUCAGUGGCGAGUGGAAUUCCGCUUCCCAGGGAGCGCUAGACGCCACAUGACAGACCUUUGACAGGGUCGUGUUCAUGGUUAGCUCAUCACUGUGGUUAAAGCCCACAGUGGAGUAAAGGAAGCGGGUGCAGGCUGGGUGAGUGUGACUGGAGACUGGACAGGAAAAGUCAGCAUCAAAUUCCCUGGGCAUUUCCCUAGUGGUGACGUCAUCUUUUCUUGCUCAGCGUUUUGAUUCUAAAACAACUCUCUGAAGAGGUUUAGUUUCCUAAGUUGUAGUUGAGAAGUAACCUCUCAGUGAAUGGCAAAGAUUUACCAUCUGCGAUGGAGAUGGAAUGAGGAUUUAUUGGGAGGAAAUGUCUCUCCUCGGGGGACUGACUGAGUAAUGCGUUGUGCAAAUUUCCAAAAGCUUUUUUUUUUUUUUUUUUUUUUUUUUUUUAACAUUGCUGCUGGAUGACUCCUCUUUGAUCAAAGGCCAUCACCAGCUCUUGAAGUGUUUUGCUGAGUUUCUGUGUCUGGCAAGUACUAACCACUUGUCAGCCUACCGGCUCAACUGUAGCCUGAGCCUGUGACCACCGAGUGUUUGGAGAGAGCAGACUGGACACGGUGGAUAUCUCAUCUCACUGAUGACUUCAAUUAGCUGCCUUAAUUUAUGCAGGGUAUAUGAGCUUCUCCAGCUCACCUAUUUCAAAAGUAUUUAGCAGCAGGAAACCGCCCCCUCCCCAGGCUGUAAAAUGGGACUGUGGGGUGACCAGGUUCAACGUGGAGAUCUUGCUGUACUCUCUAGCUCAGGUGCAAUAUCUAUCUAACUACCACAGGAUGACGGCAUCGUCAAGUCCAGGUGACUGGGGUAGGUUGAGAUUAGUGUAAAGAAGAAUUACCCAGCUUGUGUUUCCAUGGUGUAGGGCGCAGCACUUCGUCUGACCUCCCUGUUGUGACUGGAGGAAACAGUGAAAUGCAGUGGGAAGUUGGCUUUGCUGGAGUUAGCACACAAUUCAGUCUUCAGGGGUUUCUCGUGAAAGCCUUUCUUAAGCUGCUGUCUAAAGGAAACUAGACUGUGCCUGUCCCGUUGAAAGCUAAAAAUAUGAGUCAGGGUGCAAUUUAAGGAAAUAGCAAAGAUUCCCCGAGAUUGGCUUUUUUUCCAUUAUAUUUCCCCCAUGUCUCAGGGGGAUCAUGUAAUUUAAGUGACAAAGCCUAUCUAAUCACUGGGAAUAGUGACAUUUUCUCUAGUCUCUAUUUUGAAUCAAAGUUUUACUACAAGCUCUGUGGUUUGGGUUUUUCUAAGGAUAUAGGAAGUGUGUAUAAUCCAAAUUUAUUAGUUUCCUGUUUUAAUACAGACUUUUGCUUUUUCAUUAAAACCUUUGUGUUAAAGCAGUUUUGUUUUGUUUUUGUUUUUUGUUUUUUCCAGACAUGGUUUCUCUGUGGCUUUGGAGCCCGUCCUGGAACUAGCUCUUGUAGACCACGAUGGUCUCAAACUCACAUAGAUCCGCCUGCCUCUGCCUCCCGAGUGCUGGGAUUAUAGCGUGAGCCACCACUGCCCGGCAUGUUAAAGCAGUUAUUAACAGCGAAGUCUGCAGGUGUGUGAAACCCUAGGCUGUCCAGAAGAAGCAGUGACCACUUAGCCAUAGGUAACUAAUCAGCUGUUAGUUUAUCGACAGUGUCAGUUAUGGGAUAUUAAAAUAUUCUUUGGUUGCUAAGACUUAAGAUAGGGCUCAUUUAUUCCUGUAACAGCAUAGCUUUUUAACACAUGCAUAACUUUGUACAAGCUGAGCAUUUCUAAGGAUUUUAAAGCAUGUUUUGGUGUUUUGAUAUAGAAGACCUUAGAAAGUCUAUGCUGUCAGGAAUAAUAGCUACCUGUCUUUUGGUGGUCUACAAGUAAGUUACUUGAGGGUCAGAAAAGACCCUGGCUACAUGAUAUAUUCUCUCUUUGAAUUGUUAAAACUCGGAAAAUGCUAAAGCAGCUGUUUUGCUAUGGUGACAGUUAUUUUUCAUUUCAUUUCAAAUUCAUUUUCUCUGUAGAAGUGCACUUAUUUCUGAAAAAGCUUAUGAAGCCAACACUUAAUAAAUAUAAGACACUUGGAA